UGGUCUUUUAGGCUCACCAGCAUCACCACCCAAUCUUAUAUAUCCGUUUGAGUCCCCCACUGUCUCUGUAAACGUUACACGGAGUUCUCUGACGCUCGUGUCACAGAGAGAAGGCUAAUCACUCCGUGGCGAAUUGUUGGGGCUGGGGUUCGGUAAGCUCCGAUAAUAGCCUUAUCGGCCCAGCGCCCUUUUUAAACAAUUAGUUUAAGUUAUUGUUCCUGACACCCCCAGUCUGUCUUUCUCAAUAAUUGAUACGACCUCACUCAAAGUGUAGAGCCUGAUAAGCCUGAUCUGUUACUUCAUUAUACACUGAAAUCCCCCCCUUUCCAGAGUCCCUGCUCGACUACCCUUCCGACUUUUAGAUGUGUGAGCGCGCGAGAACCACCGCUCGCCACCCCAGAGCUCAACUAUACUCCAGCGCGACUGCGCUUCCAAGUAACGACCGCUCUUGGGCUCUGAUGCUGCUCACAUUGCCUAGGACUAUUGGUCAAGAUGGUGGACUAUGAAAUCAGGGAGGCUGUAUCUGAUUACUGCCGGGGCUACUCCGAAGAUAUCGAUGCCAUUCGGGAACGCGAAUACCCCUUGCUGAGAGAUACAACAUAUUUGGAUCAUGCUGGGACUACUCUCUACGCAAAGUCCCUGAUUGAGUCCUUCUCGCGCGACCUCACCUCCAACCUCUACGGUAACCCGCAUUCGCUCUCCGCACCAUCCCAACUAUCUACGCAGCGCAUCGAUGACACCCGACUACGAGCCCUUCGAUUCUUUACCGCCGACCCAGAAGAAUUCGACCUUGUCUUCGUGGCUAACGCCACCGCAGCCAUCAAAUUGGUUGUCGAUGCUCUCCGAGAUGCAACACCAAAAGGGUUCUGGUACGGGUACCAUGUGGACGCGCACACAAGCCUGGUCGGGGCUCGUGAGCUCGCAGACCUCGGAAGCCGGUGCUUUAUGGCCGACGAAGAAGUCGAGCGCUGGAUCUCCGAGUUAGACUCUGGGCCCGUGGGCGGGGGUGACCGCUUAUUUGCGUUCCCUGCGCAGUCUAAUAUGAACGGUCGUCGGCUCCCGCUCGAAUGGUGCGGGCAUAUCCGCCGUUCUUCCUCCGGGAGUGUCUAUACCCUCCUCGACGCCGCUUCGUUGGUAUCCACGUCUCCCCUGGAUUUGAGCGAUGCUGCAACUGCACCGGACUUCACGGUACUUUCUUUUUACAAGAUCUUUGGGUUUCCGGACCUGGGGGCUUUGAUCGUCCGCAAGAGUGCAGGACACGUCUUCGACAAGCGGAGGUUCUUUGGGGGCGGGACGGUGGAUAUGGUUCUCACGCACCAAACGUCGUGGCAUGCCAAAAAGCGGGCUUCGAUACACGAACGGCUGGAAGAUGGGACCCUGCCGUUUCAUAACAUCAUCGCGCUGGAUCUGGCCUUCGAGACGCAUGCUCGUCUCUUUGGCUCGAUGCGGAAUGUCUCAACGCAUACGCGAUUUCUGGCUAGGAAGCUCUAUGAUCGGAUGACUGCUUUAAGGCAUUACAAUGGGGAGAGAGUCUGUCAUGUUUAUUCAUCGCCAUGCGCGGACUUUAGUGAUUCGUCUUCGCAGGGGCCGAUCUUGGCUUUCAAUUUGCGGAGUAGCCAGGGGGCGUGGAUUGGGAAGUCGGAGGUGGAGAGGUUGGCGAGUGUCAAGAACAUUCAAACCAGGUCCGGAACCCUUUGUAACCCUGGAGGCACGGCGGCGAGUCUUGAAUGGACCGGUGCGGACAUGCUCCGGCAUUUCUCGAACGGGCUGCGUUGCGGAGACGAUCAUGAUAUCAUGGAUGGGCGGCCAACUGGGAUAUUGAGAGUCAGCCUCGGUGCAAUGAGCAGCCUGAGUGACAUUAACACGUUCAUGGCUUUCCUGGAAGAGUUCUACGUGGAGAAGAGUCUCAAUGUGGGUUCGUUGGCACCGCCAACGGAGAAUACCCUCAUUCAGCAGCCAGGGUUCUACGUGGAGAGUCUGUCCGUAUACCCUAUCAAGAGCUGCGGCGCAUUCAAAGUGCCAGACGGCCGACGCUGGGAGAUCCACCCCGAGGGAUUGGCAUGGGAUCGGGAAUGGUGCCUGAUCCACCAGGGAACAGGCGCAGCACUCAACCAGAAGCGAUAUCCACGCAUGGCGCUUGUCCGGCCGUUCGUCGACCUCGCUGCUGGAGUCCUGCGGAUUACCUGUGGAGCAGACGUCUCCUCUGCGCAGCACAAGACUCUGGAAAUCCCCCUCCGUCGAGAGAAUAUGAACCUCGUCUCCACCUCACUAUGCCAGAACGCUUCCAAGCCCUCCACCGUCUGUGGCGACCAAGUCAUCGUCCAGGCGUAUUCCUCCCACGAUGUAUCCUCCUUCUUCUCCAGCUUCCUCGGUGUGCCAUGCACCCUCGCGCGCUUCCCUCCACAAUCGUCUACGCGAUGCGCUUCCUCCACCGGCCCUCUCACCAACAGAAGCUCGCCUCUCAGGUCGUCGACGACGAUGCCAGGCUCCUUCCCGCAAGACACCUCGGCACCACCGAAUCCCAUCCUCCUCUCCAACGAGAGUCCAAUCCUCUUGAUCUCACGCUCAUCCGUCAACCAUCUAAACGAGACGAUCAAGCGUAACAACAACACCGCUAGCAGCAGCAACAGCAACAGCAAGAAAGCCGUCGCCGCCGACGUCUUCCGCGCCAACAUCGUGAUCGCAGAGCAUCCCCACAAGCCAGCGCAUUUCGAGAACCCCUACAUCGAAGAUCGCUGGCAGAGCGUGCGCAUUGGGCCCGAACGCCUCCCGCUCAAUGUCCUGGGAUCUUGUCAGCGGUGCCAGAUGGUAUGCGUGGAUCAGUACACCGGUGUCCGUGGGGACGAGCCCUAUUCAACGCUGGCGAAGACGCGGAAGGUAGGAAACAAGAUCUACUUUGGACGACAUCUGGGUUUGGCUUCGAUGGGGGUUCCGGGUGGCGCUGACUCUGGGUCUCGGACGGUGAUGGUUGGCGAUGUUGUGGAUCCGUCGUUUGGGUUUGACUGAGGAUUUCUGUUUGGAGUUUUGCGUGUGAGCUUUUUUUUUUUUUUUUUUUUUUUGCCAUGAUUGGGAUGGCGUUUGAGGACUUUGAUUUUUGCGCGAUGGCAGAUACCAGAUACCGGAUAU